AUGAAAUAAGACACCGUUUCCUGGUUUCAUUUCAAGCACUGAAUUUACGUAAAAUUCCUCACUCCUUCCGCAAUCUUUAGAUCCAACAGGACCAGCAACCGAGACAGCCUACGGUUCAGUUCCAACUCUUCUCUUGCUGGCUGAAGUUACCUGGACUGUGUUUCCGAAAACGGUCUCCUAAGCGUUUUACCAAGACUUGAAAGGCAAGAUGGACUUGAAAUCCCCUGGAGCUGCACAUGUGUCCAAGGGAUCACCAAAUACAAAGGAAACCACUGCUGACCAGACCUCGAAGGAAGGAUACUCUUCGAGGGUCAUCACUGCGGUGUUUUUGUCACUUCUGCUGGACCUUCUUGGGUUUACCCUCAUUCUUCCUCUCCUUCCCUCCAUCUUAGACCACUACAGUCAAAAAGAUGAUGCUGUCUACAAUUCUCUGCAGAAUUUAGUGGACUGGUUUAGAGUUACUGUCAGAAUUCCUCUGGACUCAAAAUACAAUAGUGUUCUUUUUGGAGGAUUAAUUGGAUCCCUUUUUUCUUUACUUCAAUUCAUUUCCUCUCCUGUGAUUGGAGCUGCAUCAGAUUGCUAUGGCAGAAGACCACUGGUGCUGCUCUCCACAGUGGGUGUCAUGGCCUCCUAUGUCCUCUGGGUGUUUUCUCGCAGUUUCAGCAUCUUCCUCCUUUCUCGUGUCGUCGGCGGGAUUUGUAAAGGCAACGUCAGCCUCUGCACCGCCAUGGUGGCCGAUCUGCGUAAUCCACAGGCUAGAAAUCGAGGAAUGGCUAUGAUUGGUGUCGCCUUCUCUCUUGGAUUCACACUGGGACCAUUACUGGGUGCCUACUUUGCACAAAGGCCCAAAGAAGCUGGGGAGUUUUAUCAGGGGCCAGCUUUAUUAGCCCUGGCUUUCUCUGUUGCAGAUCUGCUUUACAUCUUUGUCAUGCUACCAGAAACUUUACACAGAGACAGUGAGGUUAAUGACAUGAACUCAGUGGUUCAGGGGCCUGGAGACCUUCUUAACCCAGUGGCACUUUUCAACUUCACAGCCAUCACAAGAACAGAACAUGCACCCCCAGCGCAGAAAAUGAAGAACCUUAAAGUUUUGGGGAUGGUGUACUUCACAUACCUCUUUCUGUUUUCUGGACUGGAAUUCACUCUGAGUUUUUUAACGCACCAGCGUUUUGGAUUUUCCAGCAUGGACCAGGGGAAGAUGUUCUUCUUUAUUGGUAUUACCAUGGCAACCAUUCAGGGGGGAUUUGCCCGGAGGAUCAAACCAGGGAAUCAGAUCAAGACAGUUCGUUUGGCAUUCAUAUCACUUAUUCCGGCUUUUCUGUUGAUUGGGAUUGCUUGGAAUAUGCUGUUGCUGUACACAGGACUGAUGUUAUACUCAUUUGCCGCUGCUGUUGUUGUUCCUUGUCUGUCCACACAAGUUUCAGCGCACGGUUCCUCCAGCCAAAAGGGUAUGGUGAUGGGCAUCCUCCGCAGUCUGGGGGCACUCGCACGGGCAUGUGGACCGAUUGUGGCGUCAUCUGUCUAUUGGUUGGCUGGGGCGGAGACUUGCUUCCUCAUCUACGCCGUCCUCUUCGUUGUGCCUCUGGUGUUACUGAACCAAUUAGAGAAAUGGAAAGAUGACUGACAAUUCGGAGAGUGGAAAAACCUCAUCCUAUCUGACAACCAUACGGCAACAACAUUUACACACACACACACACACACACACACACACACACACACACACAACCAUGCAAAGAAGCAAAGAUGUAAAAACAAAACGUUAAUUUUUGUUUACAGAUUACUUUUCCUUACAUUUCUUACAGUAAGAAACACAAAGGUAUUAAAUAUAGUGAAUCUUUUGUUGAUUCUGGGAUCUUUAAACAUAGCCUGGUUCUCAAGCCUUCUGUCGUAUACUUAACAAAUAGAGCACAAGAAGCAGUGUGUUUCUACCACAAUUAGCAAGUCUGCUAGUUUUCGCGCUACCCCUCUGAAGAGCAGAUACAAAAUUGAUGGGAGCUAACAGUUAGCAAUUAGUUAGUUAGCUUGUUGUCAGUUUGUUAGUUAGCUAACAGUUAUCCAGUGUGACUACGGUGAAAGUGUUUUUUAACCUUAUCUUGAGAAAGAGCUGAUAUGCUGAGAGAGAGCUGAACCAGCUCAUAGUUAUCAGUGCAAUAAUAACCUAAUAACCAAUAAUAACACACCUCUUUUAAUGGUUGUGUCGGUACAUCAGACAUCUAAGACCUUGUUCAGACAGGUGGUGAUAGUAUGAUGGUUUGGACGACCAAGACAGCAUGCCAUCGACAGAGCUAUGAUUUCUGCAUUGCGGGAGGAAAUUCUGCAGCAGAAUGUUAAGGUAUCCAUCUGUGGGUAGAAGCUCAACAGAGAUUGGAUCUUUUAAAGACCUUUUUAAAGACCUUUUUAAAGACCUUUUAAGGACCUUUUAAGGACGACUGUAAUCAUAAGUCAGUUUACCAAAGAAUGGUUCAGGCAGAAUACAUGUUGUGUUUAAAUUACUGAGUCAAAGUCUGGACCUACAUUCAACAGAAAUGUAGUAGCAGAACAUGAAGGAAGAAAACCCACUAACAUCACCAAGUUCAAGUACUUUUAUUUUGAGGAAUAGGACACCAACUGUCAUGGGGGACUUUUAAACAGCUUGUGGGAAUGUAUUGAAUGUAUGUAAUGUCAUUGUUGUUAAUGGGGUUCACACCAGUUAUUAGAGGGAGGGGUUCACAUUCUUUUUGAUACUAGGGUCAUUUAAUGUUGGAUAUUUUGAUCAAUGGAAGAAUAAAUAAGUACACCACUUUUUGUGAAUAAA